AUGAACGGCCUUCUCCAUAUGAGUUCAGGUCCAGGGCAGAUGCCUCCAUCAUUCAACCAUCCUCAUCAUCCCCACUACAACGGCAGCAACCACCAUCACCACACACCUCAUCACCAUCACGCUCAUCUCGGCCAGCUGUACCAACAGCAGCGACCAUCUUUCGCAAUUCAGGAAAUUCUGGGAUUGAGUUGCAGGCAGCCGACAUCUCCGUCGCCAGUCGGAGACUCGGGCCUGAUGGACCAUUCUGGGAGCCUGACUGCAGUGCAGAACAGUUUAAGCGGAAUGUAUUUUCCUUCGGCUCCAUCUGUCUCGCAGUGUCUUCAGAGCGAUCAACAGAACCAAGGCUAUCAUUCAAACCCACACAAUACAGGAUCGCAUCCUCACAGCUCUGGCCCAAGCGCUAUUUACCCAUGGAGAUUUGACCUCACGCCAUCAUCGACCCCACAGACCCUUCCAACCCCACGGUUUCCAGGGGUAGGACGCCACGGAGAUGAACUCAACUUUGGCUACAAACACAACAUCGCAGACGAAGUCCCACAUCAGACAUAUCCACACCCUGACAAACCACAAGAUGCCACAUUGAUAUCGGGCAAAAAGUCCAAGAAACGGCGUCGACACAGGACCAUCUUUACCAGUUUCCAACUUGAGGAGCUCGAAAAGGCCUUCAGAGAUGCUCACUAUCCAGACCUUUACGCUCGCGAGCUCCUGGCGCUCAAGAUCGACCUGCCUGAAGACAGAAUACAGGUUUGGUUUCAGAACAGAAGAGCAAAAUGGCGAAAGACAGAAAAAACCUGGGGCAAAAGUUCAAUCAUGGCGGAGUAUGGCUUGUACGGAGCAAUGGUCAGACACGCGCUUCCGCUUCCGGAAGCCAUUGUGAAAAGUGCCGAGAAAGGAAUAGAGAACUCUUCUGCGCCCUGGUUGCUAG